CAACACUCGAAUUCCGGUCGUGAAUUGAACCAAAAUGAAGAAAUUUCUCAAAAUUGGGAAGAGUAAAAAGUCCAAUGCCUCGGAUACAGCUUCAGUAGGAUCCGCUGCAGGGGGCUCCUCAAUAACAGUUGGCUAUGACCUCAGGGAAAAGGAUUUACCGAAGUUACACAAGGCGGCUUGGACUGGAGAUUUGUCAAAGGUGAAGCAACUUGCCAAGAAAGAUGCCUCCCCUUUGGAUAAGGAAAAUAGAACACCGCUACAUCUUUCAUGUAGCCGGGGACAUACUGCAAUUGUAGAAGAAUUGAUAUCAUGGAAGGCCAAGUUGAACAAAGGAGACAAUUCCAGCAGAACACCUCUUAUGAAGGCGGUUGAGUGCCAUCAUCUAGAAUGUGCCAAGCUGCUGCUGGAAGCGAAAGCUGAAGUCAACAACUGUGACAGGGAAGGGAACACAUCACUCCAUUAUGCUGUCCAAGAUGGAGAGCUAGAGAUUGCCAGACUCCUCAUCGACUUCAAUGGAAACCCAGAUGCCCGAAAUAAGCUUGGUUACACACCUCUCCAUGUAGCGACAAUACAGAAGUAUUAUGACGUCUGCCAACUCCUUCUCAACAGUGAUGCAGAUAUCGAUAUAACAGAUGAAAAUAAACGGACACCUUUGAUGCAUGCUUGCCAUGCUGGAUCUGUCACUUUAGUUAAACUAUUCUUGAGUUAUCAUGCGGAUGUCCUAAAGAAGGAUAUCAAAGGUUGGAGUGCUGAAGACUGUGCUGCUAUAGAAGGUCACCAUUCAUGCUCACAGUUAAUACAAGAACAAACAUCUGGGUCCAGAGGAAGAUCAUCCGUCCAAUCAUCGCCUGAGAUUACACCAGAAUCUUCCCCUGAACUUCACCGGAAGCCGAUAGGGGGCUUUGGUGCUCCGGCUGCUGACGCAGAUAUCUCUGAAGUGGAUGCCAGUUUAAGCAUAGCCAGCCCUCGCCUUGAUCAUCUUGAUUCUUGGGAUUCGGAGGAGGAGUCGCUCGGUUUAGGCCUCAAGAAGGAGCCUGUAAAAGUCAGCCUAGCCAAGUUUGUGAAAGGUUCAGAUACAGAAGACUCAAUGCAUACAAGUACGAAAGAAUCUCCAAGGUCAAGGAUACCCAAAAGGGUAGACAGUGACAAGCAGAAGAAAGUAGAGUUUACUGAAUCCCGUCAAGGGCCUUCAGAAAAUGGAACAUCGAAAAUCCCUAAAUUUGGCAAAAAGCAAUCACAAGAUUCCGUCCAAUCAGAUUCAUGGAAUGAUGAUGAAAGCAGCCUCGGCUUGGGUGUCCCGGCUGGUCAGGCGAAGAAGCCGCUAUUCCGACAAGAACAGAUGUCACAGGAUGAUACAGAUGUGGAGAGUGAUGAUGAUGACCUACCUAUCAUGCGCACUAUCCAAAUGCAUGGACCCAAGGCACCACCUAGACAUGCUAAGGAUUCCAGAAUUCUCAACUCUGAAUCAGCAAGUGAUAAACAAAAGAAGAAAGAGUCUGACAGAGACACCAAGAGGAAAGUGAUGGAAGAACUUGGUCUGAGUGAUGUCAGUGACGUGAGUGAUCCAGAGGACCUAACGCUGUCGAGUCCACGUAAGAAGGCCCAGAAUAACAGUGACUGGGAUGACACGGCAGCUGAUACUAUACCCAAGAUAACGCCAAGAGGAGACAGACCACAGAGUGCCUUGAGUGACUGGGACACAACUGCUGAAGAAAUGACUCCACGUACACCAAGACAGAGAACUGAGAGUGUAAAGUCUGAAGGCAGUGAAUGGGACUCUGUUGAUGGUGACGAACCACCCAUCACCCCAGCCCAUCCUCUUGUUCAACAGCCUGUAAUUACUAAAGCAAAACCAGUGGCUAAGAAACAGAUUGUUGAGAUUGGCAGUGAUGAUGAUGGAGGUCUCUCACCCAUCGCUGAAGAGAGCUACAGAAAGUCGUUUGACUCGAGUGCAUGGGAUAGUACAGUUGUAGAGAAUCCUGUUGUCCAAGCACCAUCCCCUCCGUCUGAGCCCAAAGAGGUCCCCCCGUCUCCAACAAAGCCAAAGGAGGCGCCUCCGCCUCUGCCUGAAAGAAAGGAGGCACCCCCACCUCCCCAGCGCCAAGAGUCAGCGAACAGUGAUUGGGACUCGACAGAGGCUGAAUCUCCACGUGGGAAGGCCAGCGUGAACCUGUCCGGCCUGCUGAAGAAACCAAGCGAAGAUGAGGAGUCUGCCUGGGACUCAGAUGAUGGUGUUGGUGUUCUACCCACUGACCAGACGGCAGCUAAACCAUUUGAUAAGAUCAAGAAGGCCAUCAAUGAGAGCGAGGAAGAGACGGAGGAGACAAUCAGUGAAUGGGAGGUCGAGAGAAGAAAACAAAAGGAGAGAAAACAACGAGAGGAGGAGGAGUCCAAGGUGCGUGCUGCAGACAUCGUCCGCUUGGCCGAGGAGAGAGAACGGCAAGAGCGAGAGGAACGAGAGAGGAAACAUCGAGAGCAGGAGGAGGCUGAGCGUCAGAAGAGGGAGAGGGAAGAGGAGGAAAGGAGAAGGAAAGAGGAGGCAGAGAAACAAGCUGCUGAGGAGAGGAAGCAGAGGGAGAUUGAGUUACAGUGGCAGAAGGUUGAGAAGGACCGAGAGAAUCGGGAGAAAGAAGCUGAGGAGAUGAAAUGUUUGCAGGAAAGCUUGGCAAAGGAGAAGAAAGAGUUUGAGGCCGAGGUGCAGCGCAAGUUAGAUCAUCAGAUGAGGGAUAUCAUUACGAAGGAGGAGGCACCUACAGUUGAAGCGGUAAAUCGCUCACACCUCUACUCUUCAAAUUCGUUCGACCAUGAAGGCAUCGAAGGUGGUUCAGGGAAUUUUGAGGACGACCAUGGUAACUUGAAUGGCGGUCACGAUGAGCGAUCGCGCCAGAUCAAGGCUCGGCGAGAGAAGGCAGAGAAAGAGUUGGAGGAUGCACGGUUGCGCCACCUGGGGAGGAGCAUGUCUCAUCCGAGCUUGGACGGUAGCCUCGAGGAUGAGGAUACUUACACCAGCGAUGUGGUCCCCGACUCUCCGAGGGAUCAUCAUAUCAAUAAAGACCGUGAUUUGACAUCUCCCCUGGGCUCUUACGUCCAUGGUGUCCUUGGGAGCUCCACCCCUAUCCCGAACAACUAUAACAUCAACGGCGAUGAUGGCCUGUCGUACACCUCCACAGAGAAUGAAGAUUCCAUCCACAUGAACUACAGACCAACAACACCGCGGACACCUGACAUCAUGAAUACCUCACUGAAUCUCAACGACUCAACGAGCAUCUUACGGAUGCAGGAGCAGCUCCGUGAACACAAGCGUCUGCUUGAGAAGGAGAAGAGUGCCAGGGUUACAGUCGAUCAUAAGAAAAAACUACUUGAGAAAGAGCGGGUCGAUUUGCAAAAAAAAAUUGAAGAUAUGGCGCAAGCAAGGUCCAACCUGGAACAAAACAAAGUUGAGCUGGAAUCCAAGCUACGAUCUCUCGAUUAUAACUUGAAUGAGGAGAUUGAGAAGAGGAAGAAUGCCGAGGUACUGCUGCAGAAGACCAAGCAGCAACUCAGUAGGAAGGAAGAGCAGUAUACCCAAGAGCUUGAUGCAAAGCAAAAGACAGAACUUGGUAUGCGGAACCUGCAGAUGGAACUCCGCUCUAAGGAGUCCCUCAUUAAACAGCUCGAAGAUGAGAAGAAUGAGGCAAUUCGUAGCCUUGCCCAGGAGAAACACGCUCGAGCACUUCAGGAGCAGCAUAAUGAAAAACAAGUCGAAAUGCAACAGUCCAUAAACCUUGAAGCCGUAAGACAGACAGGGAAACAAGCUGCCGCAUUUGACAAGUUAGAGGAAGCAGAUGAAAACAUGCGUUCUGUUCGAGAGGCCGCUGACAAGCUUAAGACGGAGCUGUAUGGUACGAAGUUGGAGUUGGAUCGUCUGAAGAGCCGCACCAAGGAUGACCAGAGGUUGCUGACGACAGAGAAUGAGGAGCUGACUACGAGGAUAGAGGACCUCAAGCAUGAUAUUAAACUCAAUGAAGAAGCCCUUGCUCACGCAUCCAUGCAAUACACCACUCAGCUCAACAGCCUGAAGACGGAGAAUAGCUUGCUUUCAUCCAGCCUGGACAAGGAGAGGGUGGCUAAGGACAAAUUGGAUAGUGAGUUGGAAUCCCUGCGCACACGGUACAAUCAUGCCUCCAAUGAGUUAGAGAGGGCCCAAAUGGCCCGCACCGAACUGGAGCGCAACAUCCAGCGGGAGCGUGAGGAAUGGAACCGGUCAAUGGAUCGAAAGGACCAGGAGAUGAACGCUCUCAAGGAUACCAACCAGUCUCUGUACCAGAGGGUCGGCAUUGCGGAGACCAAACUUGGUGCUGUGGAGAAUGAGUUGAGUGUUGCCAAUACCUCAUUACUGGAGAGAACUGCCAUCCUGACCAACUUACAACGUGAGGUGGACCAGAGGCGGAGCUCACAUGACAACCAGGAAUAUGCUCUCAGGAAAGAAAAGGAGGACAAUGCUAAGCUCCAGGCUCGCUUGGAUAGCACUCUUGAAAAGAUGUCCACAGCUCAGCACGAGUGCCUCUCCAUGAAGCAAGAGCUGGAUACCUACCGUAAUAGCAGUUCAUUGAAAGAUAGGGCAGCAAUGGACAGCCAGGACAAGUUUGCUGAAUUACUCGGCACUAUCAGAACAGACUAUGACAAGCCCCAGAAAAAACUCACUUUGAGUGCUCUUGUGCAGCAAAAUACUCGUAUCACCCUUGAAGAAAAGAACAAUCACCUUGUGGAGCAAGUGGAACGUUACAAGGAGGAACUACGAAAUGCGGAGAUGAAGAGAACAAGUCUCGAGCAAGAGUUACGACAAUUGCAACACCAGCAUAAUGAGAUGGUGAAGAGACUAGCUGUGGCGGAGGUUGGAUUGGAGAAUGCUAAGCAGGCUAAGGUGUCCAUUGAUGCAGAGAAGGUGAAACUGCGACAAGAUGUGGAGCAGUUCCAAGGCAAGCUCGAGUCGGCCCACAGCCGCACCCAAGACUACCAGGCCAGGAUCACGGAACUGGUCGACCGGUUAGAGCACACUGAAAAAGACACCCAGAAGCAACAUGCACAGAUGUAUGAGUCUGUAGCUGUAGCAAGCAUGGCACAAAAAAACAGGGGCGAUCUUGAGGACCUCGUCCACAAACUCGAGAUCGAAAAUGCCAAACUCGAAUCUUCACUCAAACAUGAAAUGGAACGAGUAGAAAUGCUCCAGAGAGACUUACAGGACUCCAAUAAGGUGCGGGACACCCUGGAGAGUGUUGUGACAAAUCUCCGCGGAACAAACGUCACAUUAGAGGACAAACUCCAUGAGGAGACUGCCCACAGAUCCAUGUUUGCACAGGAAGCAGAAGAUUCCCGAGGAUUAUGGGAGACAGAGGUUAAAUCGCGAUCGAAACUCGGUUUGCGGGACGAGGAAAAUAAUGAGUUUCAUCCUGUUGAUGAAACGGAUGGCGGUCCUAUGGGAGAUGACCAGGACAUUGCCCAGCUGGAGCGCACCAAGCAAGAAUCUGUAGCGAUAGCUGAUGAGGAGAAAAGGCGUGCUCGCAAGGCAGCUGAGUUGAAGAAGGUGGCUGAAACCAAGAUGGAGGCUCUCCAAGAAAAGAAUACAGACUUGCAGAAAGAAGUAGCAACUCUAAAGGCUCACUUGAAGGCAGCUAAGAAAAGGCUGAGGGAGUUGGAUUCAGGGGAAUCUCGUAUCAACACGUUACAUUCCGAGUUCGACCGGGAACGCCUCAUGAUGGAUGGAACCCUCUCUACUGUCAGAAGACAGUCUGGCAAGGAAGUGAGAUGGAUGGAUGAUGUCCAUUCUCAGCUCCAGCAAGAAAUCGACAAAAAGGAGCAGCUAGAAAGUAAGAACCGUGCCCUGCAGCAGGAGCUCCACUCCCACAAGACGGUGGAGAGGGCCUAUCAGAAACUGGAGAAGGCCAAGAGGAAGUUGGACGAGGAAUUUGCCCAGUAUAAGAUGCCAGUUGCUAAGGAUCCCUUGCUACCAGUAGUUGUCUCUCUAGCACAUGUGAAAGCUCACUUUGUCGAGCGUGCUGAUUUGGAACGAGUGCGCCAGGAGUAUGAGGUCAAAGCCAGGAUGGAAGUCAAUCACAAAUUGGAAGAGGUCAAUGCUUACUUAGAGGAACAGGCUCAAGCCAGGGAGAAACUCGACCACAUUCGCAGCAGCAAUGAGAAUCAGCUCCGUACCGAGUUUGAUCGGAAGCAGAAGGAGCUACAGGAGGAGUUGACGAAACUGCGUGCUGGCUACCAGGAUGUCGUGAUGCAGAAGACGACCAAGGAUUCUGAGGUCCAGAAGCUCAAGGAUAUGUAUGACAAUGAACAAAAGCUUCGGGAGAAGUUGACGAAUCGUUUAUUCAAGGCAAAUGAUGCUGCAGUGAACACAAAGGCCAUGUUAUCUCUUGAGCGCCAACGAAUGCGAGCAUCCAAUCCAGCAUUAUUCAAUUCAAGUGUAGAGACGAACGGUUUCCUUUCGAGUCCAGUCGGUGCAGGCAAGACAACGCCAAAUUUCGGCAUGAACAAUUCCGAUGGACUGUCUCACAAAAUACGCAAUGAGCUCAAUAGGAGUAUCGCCAAACAUUUAGAAGCAAGUACCAUGAAAGAUGUUAAUUUACCCUCGCGGACUGUGGACGAUUCCUACCUCACCUCAUCACCAAACAAAUCAGGAAGCGACUACCUAUCGUUACUACGGAGGAACUACCUCUUAUAGCACUGAAAGACAAUUGUUCUAAAAAUAAACAAUUUUGUGAAAUGAGAAUAAACCUCGAUUGAAUUGAAAAGACAUUUGGACUUUUCAUACGUUUUGUACGACAGUUUAUAUGGUCACUGGGGUACCAGUCGUGCGUAAGUGCACAUAUUCUCUGGAGACUUGUGAUUAAAUGUUAGUUCAUGAGAGCGGGUUCUGGAAUUUGUGGCAGGCCAACUUGCAAAGCAUCAUCAGUUCAUUGAGUUCUUUGCAGUGAAACAAGAUUUGUACUUUAAACUGGAUUAAGUCUCAGGUUUGAUUGAUAAACUGAAUAGCAUGCAUAUUGCAUGUUCUCCCAUGUGUUAACGUUAGGAUAUUAGGUUCUUGGUUUGUAUUUAGGCAGCAUUGUAGAUUUCUACCAAGGCUUUAUUUCAACCAAUUGCUUGUAGAUAGAAAGGAGAUUAAGUUAUUAUUCCCUGUAGCUGUGAUAUCUUGUUUAAUAAUGAGAACUAUUGACGAACAAGGACUUUUAUCACCAACUGAUUCCGCAAUUGUGAGAUUUCAUGGCAAUACUGUUCUCAACGUGUUGUGAUAUUUUCUACUUCUUAUCUGAUGUCAGAAACUAUGCAAAAAAAGAUCCGACAAUUCAGUGUUUGAAAAAUCCUUCCUGAAGGCCUAUCUCAAUAUAGCAUUUCAUGCUUUGUCCAUAGAAAUUGUACAUGUCCAUACAAAUUGACCUACCACCUCAAAUGCCAGUGGAACUUGAGUGUCAAAUUGUAGAACUGAUUUACACAUUUCAAGGUCACUGCUUUUAACCUUUGUUUUAAAUGUUAAAAAGAUCAUUUUAAAUUCGGAUAGUCAAACAUGUCCCAAUGUUGUUACAGAUUGUUUGUUUAGGUUCAAGAAUGUUAAAGAUUUUAAACAAUGUUUAUGCAGACACAGCCACUAGAUACAUACAAUAGUGUUAGACUUGUUAUUUUCGUCUCUGGAUUGAGAAAUCUUAUCCACUUGAGUGACAUUUUCAUUUUCAAUUCUGUACAAAUAUUGAAAUCUUUUAAGAAAAUCUUCAGAAGAUACACAACCUCAUCCUCUGUUUAUACUACUGCUUUCAAUGCCUGUGCUAGAAACCUUAAUAAGACAAAUUACUGUUGUUUAGGACAGGACAUCUGAUCAAACUUGAAAUGAUUCAUUUGUACCCAUGUCUUCAUAUCAAACCAAAGAAGAUAACACCAUGUUUGUAAAAACACUUUAUGGUUGCUUGAUAUCUUUCCAUUCUCGAACUCUCAUUACUCUGAUUCUAGUACUUUUCGAAUCUUCAUCUCUUUCUCCACAUGUAGUAUAAGCAGAAAGGGAUCUAUUAUAAAGAUAAUGUCACUCAGUGGAUGUGAGAAGUAAAGGCUGUUGGAGCAUUCUGAACUUCUUACUUCUAUAUCCAGUGGCUGGGUCUUCUUUGCCUUUGAAUUACUUGUUUCAAGGUCUGCACACAUAUUUCAAACUCCAUAAAUAUGCUCUCUUUACCUAUUCAUGGAGUUCUCUCUGAUAUUGAACAACUCCUCUCGAAUGAAUAUGGGAUGCAGUUAUUUAGGUUAACGAAAUAAGGGAGGAAAAGAGUCAAAAUAUCCCAUUCAAAAUAGAGUUUAGAAUAUUUGUAGAAUUUGAAAUGUACAAUAGUCACAUAGUCAUGGAAGUAGUUUUUUGUCACGACAGGAAAACAAAAUCAUGGCUGUCGCAUAAUUUGCAAUGGAUACACUUAGACUUGUGGUUCCCUAAUUUCUGCCUUGAAAAUGCUGUCUUUCUCAGCCAAUUUGCUGAGUUUCACUACAUACUGUCCCUAUGAGCCAAAGGGUGAAUAGAUUUCAAAAUAACAAUGCCUUAACUAAUCUGAUUUAUAUUAAAGGUUGUAUUUUAGAAUUGACCAUAUUGGUGUGAUCAUUGGCCUUGAACACAUAUGUGCCUAUUCAGUAUACGUGGACAGUAGAACCUCCCUUAGCAGACACCUCUCUAUCAAGGACAACCUCUCUAUUAAGGACACUAGUUUUGGUCCCAAAUUGGUUGUUUCCAUUCAAUUUGGCCCCUCUCAUCAGGACACCUCUCCAUUAAGAACAUCAUUUGUCAGUUCCAGGGGUGUCCAUGAUAGAGAGGUUUUAAUGUGUAUUCAGCUGGAUUUUGGAGAGGCAGAAAGUUAGUGUUGGGGAGGUAGAAAAUAAAUUAUUUUUGAGGUGUAAGUCAAGAUUGACCAGCGUGAUAGAAUGCGGAUGCCUGCUAUGAUUGGCAGUGUCUGUUGCUACUGUUAGCAUAAUUACCGAUCCACUCAGUCUCAAGUCUAAACUGAAUGAAGCCACAAUACGAAACAUACUCAUAUAAUUUGAAGAUGUACAAUUAUUUAUUACCAAAAGUAUUAUAGUUAAUCAAAAAAAUAAAGGUCUUUUAUAUGUAA